AUGGUACAUCCCAUCAUUGAUAAUAAUUUGUUGUAUGCCUUUUUUUCUUUUGCACAGGUCGAGCUUAAUCCUGAAAGGCAUUUGACUAUUGAUGUGUCUUGCACUGUUAAGAAUCUUGAUGUGAGGCUUAUGCUCGCUGGCAAAAGGAAAAUAAACACUCUCACGGAGAACGAGCUAAGUAACAUUCAAGGACUACUUAGUUCAGCAAUUGUUGAUCUCAAUGUGAAAGGAAGAUUAAGGUGGCCGCUUGGUACAACUUCAUCCGAAGGUGGUUACAAAAUAUUUGAAGUUUGUCACGUUAAAGUUACUAUCUACAAAAAGCAUACACUCGGGCUUAAGGUCAGAGAGACUGAUGGAUUUAGUGAGAGGAAUGGAACAGGGGAAAUCGCAAAAGGUGUGACUCUUAUACUUAAAGAGAUGAACACUAAGCUACAGGAACAGAACAUAGAGAGGGGUUGUGUUUUGGAAAUGCUCCGAGGUGUUCUUGGAACUAUAUGGGACUUCAUGAGUUACGAUGGCAGUCUUAUGUAG